AUGGAUACCCCUCCCCUAGAUGUUGCAGAAAUACCCUUUGUUGUUCAACCGCGAACACCCGGCUUUUACGCAGUUCUCGCUCUUGUUGUUAUACCCCUAUGGUCUGUUACACCUCUCUCAUGGAUAUUUGUCAUAUACUCGCUACGCUCUGGUCUCAUUUGGACGUAUACAUGGUUGAGACGCGCUUGCUUCUUGCUUGCACUCUGUGAGGUUUUAUUCAGUAUAUAUCAUUUUUACCUAGUAAAACAAGUGUCGAGUCCGUCCCCGAAUGCCCCGGGUAACACUGCCGAAGUACAGGUCGCAUUUACUCGAGUGUUGAAGGCGGGCCUUGCUAGACUGCCCGAAAAUGGCUUUGACGAGGAAUCUCUGGAUGUCGACAGGCCUGGCAGUCCCGCCGAAGAUAUUGUCAAGCUUGCUGCUCAGGACCCUGUAGCCAUUGACUUCCGGAAUUGCACCAGGAAUUGGUUUCGCAAGGCAACCUGGUCUUCAAUCCGGAAAGAGGAGAUGUAUGCUUGGCUGUAUUGGUCCAUAUUUAACGCCGCGUGUCCCCCCACUGACCAACUUUCGCGUGGACACCGUGCAAUUCUGGACGACGCACUAAAGCUACUCGAGAUGCGCUCGGGUAAUGCCAUUUCCGAAGGUUUCAAUACUAAUUCCAAGCCGAUCCUAUUAACCUUGGACAAAGUGAAUGUGACGUGGAGACCAUUUUUCUGGUAUGUUUUCGUGUUCGCCAGCAACCAGUCCAUGAAAGCUUGGCUUCGCAACACAUGGGGGGCAACUUUUGGAUGUUACAAUGGUUUAGAGUUUUGUAUCCGCGUACCACCAUCGUGGGAUGCCGCCUCUGGUCCUGCUCCCAUACUAUUCCUCCAUGGAUUGGGUCUGGGGCUUACUCAAUACCAACUGACUCUUCGCGAGCUUCUGAAUUCCUUCCCGGACCGCCCACUCCUCAUCCCUUUGCAACCGCACAUUAGCCAAGACAUUUUCCACGGUCGUUUCCUGAAGCCUACGAACCGUCACCAAACCGCUGAAUCUCUGGCUGGUUUACUGAGGAAACUGGGCUGGGUGCCGGGGAUUGAUGAUGAGUCUGACAUGGAGCAGGACGGCAAGAAAGAAGUCAGUGCCAGAGGGGGCAUAACCGUCUUUAGCCAUUCCAAUGGCUCGUACGUACACGCCUGGCUGCUCAAGGCUUAUCCAGAGAUUGUAGCAAAAUCAUGUUUUGUGGACCCUGUUACCUUUUGCUCUUGGGAAGGAGACGUCUGCUAUAACUUCCUAUACAGUCGCUGUAGUACGGCCCUCGAACUUGUCAUGCGCUACUUUGUUGGAACGGAGCUUGGUGUUGCCAAUACACUGCAACGCCACUUUGAUUGGACGUCGAACUCGCUUUGGUAUGAGGAAAUUCCCAAUGCACGCGACCCAACCAAGACUUUGUUCGUUCUUGGAGGGAAGGAUGCAAUCGUGAACGCGGAGCGUGUCAAGAAGUAUCUCCAAUCCCAUGGUGUACGCAAAGGCCUAUUUUACGACCCAGAAGGCGGGCAUGGGCAUGCUCUUGUUCCAGGAGGGGAGGGACAUUCUCUGAUUUUUGAGUGGCUCGCUACAUGA